AUGGCCGAAUCCCACAAAGGGAUUUGCGGCGCUCACCGGUCCAACGUUAAGAUGAGAUGGUUGGUCCGGAGGCACGAGUAUUAUUGGCCGACCAUUUUAGAGAACUGCAUAGAAUAUGUGAAGGGGUGCAUCAAGUGUCAAAUCUACGGCCUCAUACAAAGGGUACCGGCUGACGCCCUCCACCCGGUUACUAAACCAUGGCCAUUCAGAGAUGGGCCGUGGAUAUCAUCUGUAAAAUCUACCCGGCCGCAUCCAACCAGCACGCCUGGAUUUUGGUGGCAACUGACUAUUUCACUAAAUGGGUCGAGGCGGAGUCCUAUCAGUCCAUUUCUAGCACAUAGGUGGUCAGAUUCUUCGAAAAUCACAUUGUCCACAGAUUCGGUAUACCCGAAACCAUCACGGCCGAUAACGGCCCGGUGUUCGCAUCAGCCGAGACUCGAGAAUACGUCGAAAGGAUGGGGAUCAAAUUGGUCCACUCGACACCCUACUACCCACAGUCUAACGGACAGGCCGAGGCGAGCAACAAGGUAA